AUGGGGGAGCGGCUGGGCACGGCGGGCCUGCUAGCGGAGCUGCGCGCGGGGUUCCGGCUGCUGGCGGACCCGGCGCGGGGCGCCAUCACGCCCGAGAGCCUGCGCCGCGGGGCCGCCGCGGCGCUGGGCGUGGCCGGGAUGGCGCCCGCCGAGGCGGACGCCAUGGUGCUGGAGGGCGACGCGCGCGGACGGGGACGCCCUGGGAUCAUGGCCGACGCCGAGGCCUGGCUCGCUGAUGCUAUCGCCGACGAGCUGCGGAUGAUGGAUGGCGAUGGCAUGGACAUGGAUGCUGCUGCGGAUGACGGUGAUGGUGGCGCCGGUGGCCAAGACCACGCCGCUGCCGCCGCCGCCGGCACUGCUGGUGGUGCUCCUGAUGCUACUGCCGCCCGCCGCUCGUCGGUUUGA